CUAUGCAGCGUGUGUGACCAGCCGCCGCUCACGGCCCCUCUACAUUGGCCACCUAGGCGGGGGCGGUCGAGGAAACGCCGGGGUCACGUCCAGGCAGAGGGAAUUGCUCGGCGGAGGCGGCCCCUGGAAUAGCUGCCAGCUGGGCAGACGGGACGCAGUGGGCAGACAGGCAGGGCCAUGGCAGCAGGCGGCCGGGCGGCCGGGCCCCUGCCGGACCUGGGCCGUUACGUGGUGGCCCGGCCCAUCUACAGCGAGCCGGCUUUUCAGGAGGAGAACGAGAAGAAGGUUCAGCUGCAGCCCACCCUGCGCGAGCGAGUCCAGGGAGCUUGCAGCUGUUCAAGAAAAAAGGCCUUUCAGAUAACUAAGUCCUUACUUCCUGUCCUGGAAUGGCUACCGAAGUACAGAAUAAAGGAAUGGCUAAUUAGUGAUAUCAUCUCUGGUGUUAGUACUGGACUUGUAGCUACUUUGCAAGGUUUGGCAUUUGCAUUACUGGUUGCAGUUCCUCUUGGAUACGGUCUCUACUCUGCAUUUUUUCCCCUUCUGACAUAUUUCAUCUUGGGAACAUCAAGGCAUCUCUCAGCCGGACCUUUCCCUGUGGUCGCUUUGAUGGUGGGAUCUGUUGUGCUGACCAUGGCCCCCGAUGAAAAGUUCCGCAUAGUGAGCAGUAAUGCUACAGGACUUAAUAAAACGCUGAUAGACACUGCAGCCAGAGAUGCACAGAGAGUAGUGGUUGCCAGUACCCUCACAUUUCUGGUUGGAAUUAUUCAGCUUGUGUUUGGAGCCCUUCAGAUCGGUUUCAUUGUGAGGUACCUUGCAGAUCCCCUGGUUGGAGGCUUCACAACUGCAGCAGCAUUUCAAGUUUUUGUUUCACAACUGAAAAUAGUCUUAAACGUUUCAACCAAAAAUUAUAAUGGGAUUCUUUCCAUCAUAUAUACCCUCAUUGAAAUAUUUCAAAAAAUUGGUACCACUAAUAUUGCAGAUCUCAUUGCUGGGCUACUGACCAUUUUUGUUUGCAUGGUAGUUAAAGAAAUAAAUGAUCGAUACAAACACAAGAUCCCUGUUCCUAUUCCCAUAGAAGUAAUUGUGACAAUAAUAGCCACAGGGAUAUCAUACGGUGCUGAUUUGGAAAAAAGGUACAAUGCAGGCAUUGUUAAAACCAUUCCAAGAGGGUUCUUGCCUCCGGUUCCUCCUGCUGUCAGUAUGUUUUCAGAAAUGAUAGCAGCUGCAUUUUCCAUUGCUGUGGUCGCUUAUGCUAUCGCUGUGUCCGUGGCAAAAGUCUAUGCAACGAAACAUGACUAUGCUAUUGAUGGAAACCAGGAAUUUAUUGCCUUUGGGGUCAGCAAUGUGUUUGCAGGAGCUUUUUCUUGUUUUGUUGCAACCACAGCUCUGUCGCGUACUGCUGUCCAGGAAAGCACUGGUGGGAAGACCCAGGUUGCUAGCAUGAUCUCAGCUGGGAUUGUACUGAUUUCCAUUGUGGCUCUGGGGAAAUUGCUAGAGCCCUUACAGAAGUCUGUGUUGGCAGCUGUUGUCAUUGCUAACUUGAAAGGGAUGUUCAUGCAGGUGUUUGAUGUUCCUCGUUUGUGGAGACAGAAUAAGGCAGAUGCUAUGAUCUGGAUUUUUACAUGUGUGGCAGCCAUCAUUCUGGGGCUUGAUUUGGGGUUGCUUGCUGGCCUUGUGUUUGGAUUACUGACAGUUGUGGUGAGAGUUCAGUUUCCCUCAUGGGGUAACCUUGGGAACAUCCCUGGCACAGAUCUCUAUAAGAAUGUCAAGGAAUACAAAAGUGUUGUUGAACCAGAAGGAGUGAAAAUUCUCAGAUUUUCCAGUCCUAUUUUUUAUGCUAAUAUAGAUGGAUUGAAAAGCAGCCUGAAAUCUACAGUGGGAUUUGAUGCAGUUCGAGUAUAUAACAAAAGGCUCAAAGCACUCAGGAUGAUACAGAAACUGAUCAAGAAGGGAAAAUUAAAAGCAACUAAGAAUGGCAUCAUCAGUGAUUCUGGGGUAACCAAUGAAGCUUUUGAGCCUGAUGAAGAUCUUGAUGAUCCUGAAGAUCUUAAAAUUCCAACCAAAGAAGUAGAGAUUCAAGUGGACUGGAAUUCAGAACUCCCGGUCAAAGUCAGUGUCCCCAGAGUGCCUAUCCACAGUCUCAUUUUUGACUUUGGAGGUGUGUCAUUCUUGGAUGUUGUAGCUGUGAGGACAAUGAGAAUGAUAAUUAAAGAGUUUGAGAGAAUUGAUGUGAGCGUAUACAUUGCAUCACACCAAGACAACAUUAUAAGAAAGCUGGAACAAUGCGGUUUCUUUGAUGAUAACAUCAGAAAAGACAUGUUCUUCUUGACUGUCCAUGAUGCUGUGCUUUACAUACAGCAUGAAAUGACAUACAGAGACAUCCAGGAUCCUAUUUUUGAAAAGAUUUCACUGAUGCAGGAGUCUAAGGAACCAAUAGAUUUCACAGAAACAAGCAGGCUUGAGGAUGAACUUGAUGUUCAGGAGGAGGCUAUACGCAGACUCGCUUCAUGAAAGAACAUCUCUUGUGGUUGUCUUGGACUCCUUGGCAUAUUUAUGCACCAAUACUAUAGAAGCAUUUUCUGCAUUGGGACUAGUCUUUGCACUUGAAGAAAACACUGAUUUCUUUGUCUGAACUCUACAGAGCUCUAUACAUCACCAAAUUUUGUCAAUUGGCAGGUAAACCUUGAAGUGGUCAAGUCUGAUAAAAAAAAAUCUGUUCAUAGAAGUGCUAGCAAGAGAUGGGAAGCAGAUCAUCAGAACUAUCACAGAAAUUAAAACCAGUUUUAGGGUUUGCCAAUCUGUGUAUACAACCUACUGAUAUAUAAAUUCACAGAGGAAAAAUAGCUAUUUUAUGGUAACUCAGUGUUGAGACUAUAAAUUCUUUGGGGGGCAGGAACUGUCUCUUAUGUAUUCAUAGUGUGGCCAGCACAAUGAAGAUCCAACCCUGAUGGGAGGCCUGUAGAUGUUGUUGUAAUACAAAUAAUAAAUUCCUCACAAAAGAGAAGUAAUAGGUACUAGCAGCCCUUGUGCCUGACCUGCAAAAAGAUCUGCAAUCCCAUGUUGUAAUUAGAUUGUCAAAAUGCUAACCCUGCAGCAUUCAACAGACAUCUUUGUUGCAGUAUUACAGUCGCUGUAGAAAAAAAAUCCCUUAUAUAACAGAAGUGGAGUACAAUGAAAUUGAUUCACUCAAACAAAACUUGUUUACUGUAUUGUUAUAAAAAUGUUAACCAUCUAUAUGGAUAAGGCUCAAUAAGAGGGACUGUUCAGCAUCUUGGUUCAUUAGUGCUAUUUUUAGUAACUCAUGCACUCCUGGUUAUCAUCAUAACUGGAAUUAAACAUAUAUAGACUGAAGAGUACCUUACUCCCCCAACAGUCCCAUUGAAGUUAAUGGAACUUAUGGACUGGGCCACUAUAAAAUUGGAGUAAAGAUCUGACCUAAUAUUUAGAUUGGUUUUUGAAAUGGGAUAUAACAAUAUCAUUGGUAUAAUGAAGAAUUAUCUGUAUAAACUGUUUCAUUCUUUUAACACUACAAACUGUUUCCAUUCUUCUAAGAGUGGUGAACUUUUAAAAGUGAAGCUACAAACCCUUCGUGCAAUAAUUUACACAAAAUUCAGGAUUAGAAGAAAACAUUUAACUUUUUUUAGGGCUUUAUAUUGGCUACAUAGCAUGUACUCAUUAUAUAAGAACAAUCAUUUGUUUAGAUGAAAAAUUACAGAAAUGACUGAAUUAAAAUUAAAUUAUAAAUAAGUUUUAAAACUGAAAAUCAUUAUGGCAAGUACAAAUAUACUGAAAAAAACUUGCAAUAAAAAAACCCAUACAGAAUACUUAUAAAUACACAGGUUUUAGAUUACAUCAUAUUUAUGGCCUAAACUUCGUGUUAAUUUUAGUAUCCUCAUGUUUAAAAUUACUUAAAUUAUACAUUUUCUGUCAAGUUUUAUUUAAUUGUUUCAGACAAUCUCCAAUGGGACCAACCAUGGGAAACCAAGCACUAAGUAGCCCAGAUUAUAUCUCAAAGCUGAUAGACCUUCCUCUUCACCAGUGACUUCACUGAGAGUUGUAUUGGGACAUUAGACAUGAGAUGAGUCCUUUUUCUGGCAUAGCUGAAAUGCUGGCAUAACAUUGUGUUUCUGUACCUAGCCCAUGGAUAACGAGAGUACUGUGGUACCUUAGAGACUAACAAAUUUAUUAGGUCAUGAGCUUUUGUGGGUAAAACCCACUUCAUCAUAUAAGCCCAUAGAUGGUCUUCAGGACAGUCUAAUAGGGUGCUACUUUCAAAAGCACAAAGAGCUUGAUCCUGCAAAAUGUUUAGCAUUCUCAUCUACUCUGGCAAAACACAAGUAAAUGAUUAAAUUUAAGCAGGAGUAGAAUCAACGGGACUCUUCAGGUAUUUAGACCUCCAUUGGCUCAGACUACAGUGCUCAGUGUCCUUGCAGGACUGAUCUCUCAGUUCACAAAAUGGCUGUGAGCUUGAUUCUGCCGUGCUUUUGGUGUGUGGAUCUGAAAAUGGUGACUGAAUUGAGUCUCAAAGAAAUGGCUACUGAGACAAUGGAAGUGCUAUAGGUGCAGCAGUGAAGGAUUAGGCCAAUUUCCUUCAGAAACAAUAUUACUUCUCAUUAAUGUCUGUCCAUUUUAGAUACCUUUAUAUAAAAGAAACUUUAAAUAUUUACAAAAUACAGAAUAUUCUUGAUUAACUUGAAAACUGUUAGAUGCCACCUGGGCUCUUGUGUUUCUGAGGAAUAUGUAGUAAGGAGUAACACAAAACACUUUUUCUUUCUAAGGAUGGGUCUUCACUAUGAACUUUGAAUUCUGAGUCAAACUUCCCUUAAAUGUAAAUGGCUUUGGAUCAUGAUUUUAGUUUGGCUUUGUCUCUCAAUCUUGCUGCCUGAGCAUUUAAGAAGAGCAAUAAAUCAAAUACAAUGAUAUUUAAAAAUACAUUUUCCUUUUAAAAAAAUGAAAUGUUAACCAUGAUGAAUUAAGUCAGAAUUAGGGUAUAGGUCAAUUAUUCACAUUCACAUGUUGCAUAUACACUUACUAUUUGAGACAUUGUUUAUAUUUGUUUUGAGUUUACUGAUAUAGUAUAGUCAUUCUUAUCUGGAUAAAUUAUUUUUCCUUGGUUUCCAUUACAUUCUUAAUACACCCAUCUAAAGUCUAAGAACAAGAAUAGGCAUGAUAUAAAAAAUUUCAAAUACUGUACCUCUGUUUGAUUGGGAUGGGUGCAGAGAGGUGUAAGGGGAGAUCUACUUGUUUUUAAUAUGAAGGAUAACAAAAUAAUGUAUUUUGCAAUACAAUAAAACCCCUGCAGAACUUUGCACUCAUUCAUAAACCUCAAUAGUAUAGCUGAAUAUGCUUGCUUUUCAAGCAUAAUGCAGGAAUGACAUUUUAAUAUGCAUUUUAUGACUAUUAUUAAUAGUUAGAUCUCUGUAUCUAUCUGUAUGUCAAAGAUUUACCUUUAAAAAUAUAAUUAUUUUACUAAUCUUUUUACCCUCCAGAAAGGGUGCUGUAUUUUGCAGGAACAUUGUCAGUGACUU